AAACCGCCCACGAAGAAUGAAACUAUUCUGAGCUCAUCAUUCUGCAGAUGCAGAUUAUAAUAUUAAGAUAUGCAUAAAAUUGUAUAAAGUAGACAAUAACUGACCUUUUAUUGAAAAGAGGAGGAGUCAAAGAUCCUGAAAGGGUUGGGACUGCCUGCAGUCAGUCCCUAGGGAACUUCCUCUUGUCACCACACCUCUGAGACGUCUGAGCUCACUGUGAGCAAAAUCCCGCAGUGGAAACUCUUAAGCCUCUUCGAAGUAAAUCAUUCUUGUGAAUGUGACACACGAUCUCUCCAGUUUCCAUAUGUUGAGAUUCUACUUAUUCAUCAGUUUGAUGUGCUUGGCAAGAUCAGACACAGAAGAAACAUGUCCUUCAUUCACCAGGCUGAGCUUUCACAGUGCAGUGGUUGGUACGGGACUAAAUGUGAGGUUGUUGCUCUACACAAGGAGAAACCUGACCUGCGCACAAACCAUCAACUCCUCAGCUUUUGGGAACUUGAAUGUGACCAAGAAAACCACCUUCGUUGUCCAUGGAUUCAGGCCAACAGGCUCCCCUCCUGUUUGGCUGGACGACUUAGUAAAGGGUUUGCUCUCUGUUGAAGACAUGAAUGUAGUUGUUGUUGAUUGGAAUCGAGGAGCUACAACUUUAAUAUACACCCAUGCCUCUAGUAAGACCAGAAAAGUAGCCAUGGUCUUGAAGGAAUUUAUUGACCAGAUGUUGGCAGAAGGAGCUUCUCUUGAUGACAUUUACAUGAUCGGAGUAAGUCUAGGAGCCCACAUAUCUGGGUUUGUUGGAGAGAUGUACGAUGGAUGGCUGGGGAGAAUUACAGGCCUUGACCCUGCGGGCCCUUUAUUCAACGGGAAACCUCACCAAGACAGAUUAGAUCCCAGUGAUGCGCAGUUUGUUGAUGUCAUCCAUUCUGACACUGAUGCACUGGGUUACAAGGAGCCAUUAGGAAACAUAGACUUCUACCCAAAUGGAGGAUUGGAUCAACCUGGCUGCCCCAAAACAAUAUUGGGAGGAUUUCAGUAUUUUAAAUGUGACCACCAGAGGUCUGUAUACCUGUACCUGUCUUCCCUGAGAGAGAGCUGCACCAUCACUGCAUAUCCCUGUGACUCCUACCAGGAUUAUAGGAAUGGCAAGUGUGUCAGCUGCGGCGCGUCACAAAAAGAGUCCUGUCCCCUUCUGGGCUAUUAUGCUGAUAAUUGGAAAGACUAUCUAAGGGGGAGAGAUCCUCCAAUGACGAAGGCAUUCUUUGACACAGCUGAGGAGAGUCCAUUCUGCAUGUAUCAUUACUUUGUGGAUAUUAUAACAUGGAACAAGAAUAUAAGAAGAGGGGACAUUACCAUCAAAUUGAGAGACAAAGCUGGAAACACCACAGAAUCCAAAAUCAAUCAUGAACCCACCACAUUUCAGAAAUAUCACCAAGUGAGUCUACUUGCAAGAUUUAAUCAAGAUCUGGAUAAAGUGGCUGCAAUUUCCUUGAUGUUCUCUACAGGAUCUCUAAUAGGCCCAAGGUACAAGCUCAGGAUUCUCCGAAUGAAGUUGAGGUCCCUUGCCCAUCCGGAGAGGCCCCAGCUGUGUCGGUAUGAUCUUGUCCUGAUGGAAAACGUUGAAACAGUCUUCCAACCUAUUCUUUGCCCAGAGUUGCAGUUGUAACUGUUGCCAGGACACAUGGGCAUCAAUAAUAGAAAGAAAGCUACAACCACAGGCUGUUUGAAAGCUUCACCUCACCUUUUCUGCAAGGCACAAAAAGUAUGAAAAAAACCAAGGCUUUUUUCAGUAGCGUCCUAUGGAUGUCACAUUGUACAACAUCAAACAACCUUGUGAUUAUAAAACGAUCCUGGGAAGGGAGGCCCUAACUAGGGCAAGUCAGAAAUAGCCAGGCUCGCAGCAGCCCAGCGCUGUGUCUGCUGCGUCCUGGGGCCUUGUUUGUUCCGACCUGUCAAUUCUGCUGCCUGCCACGCGGGUGGUUCUGCCCAUCGCGGCUGCGGGUCAAGCAUCUUCAAGGGAAGGACGGACUGGAGGCCUCACCGUGGACUCAGCUCUGCAUUCUCCGUGCCACAUUCCUCCAGUUCCCACACAUAGAAGGGAACGAAACUGAUGUCUACCUCGUGGGGCUGCUGUGUGGGUUUGGGAGACAAAUAUCUAUGAAGGGUUUUUUGAAAUCCCAUAGGUGCCACAUCUAUGAGAUGUUUGAUAAAUGUGAAUAUGCUUUUAUUUAUUUUCAUAGGGCUUAUCUAAUUUGCAAUAAGAGAGCCUCUCUCUGUCAACACCAGCUUCUCUCUCGGGCUGUUUGCUCAGGGAAGGCAAGAAAGCCACGUGCUGGCCCUCUGCCUUCUCUAAAGUGUUGUUGGAGCAUGGAGGAGCUGGAGGAGAUGGGGAUGGACUGACAGCUAAGAGGGCGGCUGCUGGGACUAGAUAGUAAGUGGAUGAAGAAAGAAGGACAAGGAAGCUGUGGGGCAGCCUCUCCACAUGGGGACAGGGGAUGGAGCAUGAGGCAAGAGAAGGAAAAGCAGAGCUUAUUUCUCACCUAAGGUGGAGAAGGAUCACUUUACAGGCAACCCUCAUUUUAAGCAACCCUUAAGAAAUGUUUAUGUUUCUUUAUUACCAAUGUAAUCUAUGAUUAUUGAAGGAAAUUUAGAAAAUGCAUAGAUACAAAAUUAAAAAAAAUACUAUCCACGAUCCCACCUAUUAGAGGUAAUUAAUGUUAGCCUUUUGGAACAAGGCUGUCACUUGUUUUGCUAACACGUGAAUUCAAAGCAUGAACCAGUUUGCUUUUGGAGAAUCUGAAGCCUCCAGUUUGAGGAAUCCUUUGCUUCCCUGGAGGUAGAUGCUGUCUGCGAAUCUGGAAUGACAGCAGGAGUCCAGUCAAGAGGUCCUGUCGGGCAGAGGCCAGAAAGAAGGGAGGACAAUCCCUGGGACCAGAUGCCCAGUGUGAGGGCAGGCACGAUCUGUCCCAUGGCUGUGGCCACUGCAGGAAGGUCUGUGAAAAGGAGGUGACAGGCCCAGUCACCUCCUCUUCACCCAAGUGAUUGCUCCUUCAACUGCUAUCUGUAAAAAUAGCCCUCGUUAUGAAGAAAUCAACUCUCUCUUUUUUUUUUUUUAGAGUUGCCUAGGCUGUAGUGCAACGGUACGAUCUCAGCUCACUGCAACCUCCACCUCCCAGGUUCAAUUGAUUCUCCUGCCUCAGCCUCCUGAGUAGCUGGGAUUACAGGCAUGUGCCACCACACCCGGCUAAUUUUUGUAUUUUUAGUAGAGACAGGGUUUCACCAUGUUGGCCAGGCUGGUCUCGAACUCCUGCCCUCAGGUGACUGCCCGUCUCGGCCUCCCAAAGUGCUGGGAUUACAGGCAUAAGCCACCACACCCAGCCAAGAAAUGGAUUCUGUAUGUCAUAAAUUAAAGAAAUCUAUAAAUAUA